AUGGCUCCCAGCAGCACUCUCAUGAUCCACAUGGAGGAGAAACUACUGCCAAAAGAAAAGAAUAAACUCAGAAAGCCAGUGGUGGAAAAAAUGCGCCGUGAUCGGAUUAACAGCAGCAUCGAGCAGCUGAAACUGCUCCUGGAGAAGGAGUUCCAGAGACUCCAGCCCAACUCCAAGCUGGAGAAAGCCGACAUCCUGGAAGUGACUGUCAGCUACCUGAAACAGCAGAGCCAGCUGCAGGACCAAACAUUCAUUCACAAGAAUCCAGAGCAGGACUUUAACAGCGGGUACCUGAGGUGCCUCAAGGAAGCUCUACAUUUUCUGUCCUGCUAUGAACCUAAGAAGGAAACUCAAGUCCAGCUAAUCAAGCAUUUCUCCAAAGUUCAGAUGGGUCCAGACGUCAUGUACUCUUCUGCUCCGCGUAGUCUACCUCUGUUGCCCUGUCUGUUUGUCAGAAAGCACCCUGCCCAGAAAAGUGUGGCUGCUGCUCCUACCAUCUGGAGACCCUGGUAGACCUGCUGAUGGACUUUGCUUUAUUACUGUGCAUUUUGCCACAAAAACUAGAGGGACCUCUGAUAUAAUAGUUCCUCUUUAAAGUAGGAAACAUAGCUUUCCAAAGGUGGGAGGGGGGAGGUUAUUGUUUUUCUGUCAUGAGAAAUGAGGGUCACUAAUUACUUUCCCUUCAUAGUGAAGGAUUUCAUUUGUCUCUUGCAGCAAAGUUGCUCUUAUGGGUGGCUCCUAGCCAAAGAGAGGACCAAGUCCUGUGGUGAUUUAGAAAGCAAAUGUCCUUUGGUUUCCAUCACACUUUUGCUUUACAAGGCUGUUGAGCCUAUGGCUGUGGCUGUCAAUGGAAAUCUUUCAACCAGCUCCCUGGGUCACUGGUUCAAGUGCUCUUUUGUCUCUAGAUAAUGUAUUGACCUUCCUAAAGAAGGGGCAUUUUGGAGGAUGUAUUUUGUAUCAUAAAGAGAGCACAUUGAGCCUUUACCUUUUGAGUGAAAGAUGUUAUUCAAAAAUGCUGAUUCUUCUAAAGUUCCUGUCUUAUUUUUAAGGUACCUUCUUACAUAAAGUUAUUAUGAUAACAGAUUACUGUAGGGAAAAUUCUCUUAAUGUCCAGCAGGUGCUACUCUCAGUUGAGGGAUAAUUGAUGCCUUUUGUAAAGGAAGUACUUUUGAUACACCUUAAGAAAAAGGGGGAGGAGGGGAGGCAAUGAGUACUGUACAGUUAUUCACUAAACAUGCGGAA